CCACAAAUAUUACGACAUCUGCUCCUGCUCACUCCCCUGCCGGACCCAUACUAGCUACACUUACUGAUAUUCCCAGCCAAUCUCUCGCUUCUUUGCUCUGCACGCUGUCAUGAACAUACCAGAUGUCUCCUCGCUCAGGAUCCACGACCCCGGCCCGAAUGGACACACACCGCGGGCCCCGAAUGGCGUCAACGGGAUUCACGAGAAGGAGGACCGUUACAUGGAGAAGAUGAAAAACUAUGUCAAGAGUCUUCCAUACGCUGUUGAGCCCAACGAGAAGAUGCAGCGUAUGCUCGACUUCAUCUUGCUACGUCUGAUGCAAUCCUUGGAGGCGAAAGAUUAUGACCCUGGUUUGCAACAGUGGGAUAGUAUGCUGGUGUACUGGUGCAUGUUGAAGUAUCCCAUCCCCAAGGAGAAGCGCAUUAGGCUCGCAAAGCUGUACUACCACAUAUGCACUACUCCAGGCAUGCCCACGCACAUCGUCGCAACAUGUUCAGACAACCUGCAAACUCUCACGAGGUCGAAGAGAAAGCUGUCCAUCGAUGACAUGAGAUUGCCAUGGAAGCCCAUCUACAAGAUUCUGAGUAAGGACCUGUUCUUGACGAGGCGACAAUAUGAGAUCAGUCAAACCUCGUGGUACAUGGGAUACAUAGCCGAAAGUGUACGAAGAUUCUUCCAUCCUGCAGCUAUUGAUGAGAUGCUCGCCACUUUUGUGCCUAUGAUAGACGGUACAAGCUUGAGCAGAACACUCGCUGCGCAAUACUAUCUACUCACAUUCCUCCCGCUCUCACACCCUCAGUCGUAUCUUCCCAUGCUAUUUCGACUCUGGGAGUCUCUGAACUCGUAUAUGUAUGAUGAACGUAUGCUUCAGUUUUUAGCACGUAUUGCCGAGAUGCACGUGGAUCCCGGUGCUAGCGAACCAAAGCGCAUUGAGAACAUCCCAGAUGACGAAAGAUCCGAAGAUGAAGGCCGUCCCGAGUGGCCCAAGGAUGACCUGGACACGAAGUGGGGCUGGUCUGGCAUUUUCAGGGAUGUCGGUAUAUUCAGCGACAGAGAGUGGAACCUCAUUAUGACGAAGUGUUUGGCAUCCAUGGAGAUUCCGCUCGCCGAUGCAGGAUCGCUCACGACGGGGCCCAGUGCUGACAACCAGGCGUCGUUCGAGGUCGGCAGGUUACCCAAGCCGGCAUGGCGAAUCCCAUCCCUCGCGCGCAUUGUCAUAUACUCUAUGGCUCCGGAUGGUGUGCCUGCCCCCGGCUCUCAAGCACCUACUCCAGCUUUCCACACCCCAGCGGCGUCUGGCACGAGCACCCCUCUGCCCCAACAAAACGGCCUGGCGCACGGCGCUCUGGGUGACUACCUGUCCGCGCCGCUCGGCAAGGGCGGCCAUCAUAAAGUGAAAACAUACCUAGCUGGCUCGAAGGCACUGGACUCUCUUGUGAAGUUCAUAGCAUCCACAGAAGGCUUCUUUCACCCUUCGAAUUCAGGGAGCUGGACGAAUGACUUGAGUGCUUUCGUGAAGUAUAUCGUGUUUGACUUCAACAAGCGAUGGCAUGAAGAACGGCAGCCUGAUUGCAAGAUACCAAAGCACCGACGUUUGACUCGCGAUAUGCGGCGCGAAUUGGUUAAGAGUCUGAGAACUGUCUGUCUGCUUGCGAUGUUUUCGCAGGACAGCACAACCGUCGCCAACAUCCAAAGCGCCCUGAAGUCGAUGAGUGUGAUGGAACCCGACCUCAUCCUUCAUCCUGUUCUAGAGCGAGCGGUACCCGCCCUUGAAGCUCUUGUAGAGACUCAGCGCACUAUCGCUGUAAUUAAGGCCCUCGGGGCCGUCGCGCCAGCCAUGGUGUGUCGGCACAUCUACUAUCCUGGUGCCAAACACCUCCUACCAAUACUCGAGCUUCUUUUACCGGGGAUUGACUUGAAUGAUCCGCUGAAGACGUUCUGCACCACAGCAUUUCUCAUCGAAGUCGCGCAAUACAUCAAGUUCGGCGAGCUGCCAGGGGGCGAGGACUCGCAGCCCAUGGACAUGGACACGGGCAUGACUGUUCCUCAGUCAUCCGUGUCACCAGCCAAGCUACCAGAAAAGAUUUCAUUCGGUGAAGAGGACCGUUAUUCUAAGGAAGAGGAGGACGCGCUCGUUGUCGGCAUGUCAACAGAGUUUGCUGACUGGAUAGCUGCGUUCUUACGACGGGUUAUUGUCUUGUUUGAGAACCUGCCUGAGGAAGGUGCGAACGGAACUGCGGGAGGGCCGACCGAAGUUAACCUCGUCGACGCCGUCUGCGGUGCUUUCAGCCAGAUCUGCGUACAUCUGUCAGAUCCGCUCUUUGACAUGGUACUCAACAUGGUGUUCGAUUAUGCGAGCAACAACAUUCGAUCGAACGCUGUCCGCGCAAUCCACCAGCUUGUAGAGUGCGUUGCGAACGCGAACCCUGCCAAGACACUUGCAAGGUUCCUGCCGUUCUGCAUGCAGAGUAUUCGUACUGAGUUGGAGCAUGGAGCAAGCUCUGUGAGAACGACGUCGCUCAACUCGACGCCGCUGCCGUCAGACGCAAGCUUGCAUUGGAAUCUAGCUAUCCUGCGUGGCGCCAUGUAUAACGACGGAAAGGCGGCUCUCAAGUACAAGGCCGAACUGAUGAAUCUACUCAAGUAUCUGCACAAGAAGACGCUGGCGAAACGAGGCUUUUCUUCGACCGGCAAGUUACUGUCAAGCAUAUUGCUUACGUUGACCCAUACGUAUCCACUUGAGAAUAAAUUCGCAAACCUAGAUGAGUGGAAUAGUGAGGACUUUCAGAUGAACCACUACAAAUAUUGGGGCCGUCUCUAUUCUCCAGGCGAGCCCAACUGGCAUGUGCCCGACGACACCGAGAUCGACUUUGCACUGCAGAUUUUCAAGGAGCUUGUCGAGCCUACUAUGGCCAUCAUCGAAACCCUGUUGGAGCCGGGUAUGUCCAUAUUGUCUAUCAUCAUUGAACGACUUUUGCAGGCUUGUUUAUGCCAUUUCAUGGUCGAAAUAGGUUCUCACCAUCACCUCAGGCAUAUGAGCUUGGUUCGCAACGCCUUCGCUGGUAUUCCGACGUUCGUGAAAGAGUUCAUCUCUCCCGAAGAUGCUCGGUCGGCUCUUGACACUUCGGAUAUCUUGAACGAGAUCCCAGAAAUGAUAGCCUCUGUCGAGCCGCUCGCUUCGGGCUUCGCCCUUGCAGAUCCUGCAGAUCCUCGCCACCAAUACAUGGCUGAGCUGAAAGGGCGCUUCGGAGAGUUGCUCUACAAAGCAUCGAAGUCGCUGCGUUCGCAAGGCGAGGAAAAUAUCCUCGAUGCUGUACACAUGCUGAUUCGCUCGGUACGUACCUAUAUGCUCGACUACGGCGACAGUAGGGACAACUACUACGUCCAACUCGACCGCUACCUCACUGAGCUGAACAUCACUCGUCAAUACGCGAACCAGAAGGUGUGGCCCAGAGCUGUCCUUAUUCGACGGGCUCGUUUGUAUCAUGCAGCGCGCCUAAGGUGGAAUAGUGUCGAACGCAAGCGAGGUCCACUGGAGGAUAGCCUCAUCGACGAAAUUGUCGAAUGGUGUCUCUGGAAUUAUGCGACCGUUAGAGAAGCUAGCCAGUCCCUCCUGGACAGCCUUGGCAAUACGUACGAUGGGCUACGUCGUCGCGCUCUUCCCGUACUAUAUUCUGCUUUGGAUCCAAAUACCGAGGACGAUCGUAUGAAAGGUGCUUUGUGGACGCUGAACACCUCUGCAUUCGCCAAGUAUGCGGUAGGCGACCCGACACUUGCCCCUGAGUUCAUGAAAAAGCUUUUUGCUUGCCAGCACAACGAGAAGCCUUCGAUCCAAGAAUGCGUUAAUGCUUUAGCGGAGACUUCUUUGAGCAGUUUUGUCGAGCCCUGCUUCGUGAUCUACGACAUCGACAAUAAGCAUCUGACAAGAGAGAUACACAACUUGCGUAGAUGCCUUGCGGUGGCGUCUGAUGAGAAUCUUGUCCGUCGCUGCGCUGCACAACGAGCCAGUCGCGUGGAGCUUUGGAAUCAAGGAACCGACCAAACGAUGGAAGCCAUUCUCAAAGUUGCUCAGUCGUCGUCUACCCAUUGGAAGUAUGCGGUGGUUGCUGUUCGAUGCCUACGUACGCUGGUCCGCCGCGACAAGCCCAUGAAGACAGCACAUAUCAAGUACCUCGUGAAUGCCACGCUUGAUUCCAAUUUCAGUAUGCGCUACUAUUCACAACGCGCUGUGAUGAAGAUUAGCCGCUUAAUCAAGCUACGCACCUUUAACGAUGGCUCUGAAGAUCUCGCCCUUGAAAACACCCGCAAUCCCCUCAAACGCAGAGUGCAGGUGCUUCAACCAACGCAAAGUUUCACUGCUCUAUUCUUGGAUCAGUUCAAGGAGCCGCUUGACGUCGCCAAGGCACGGAAGGAAGCUAUCCUGUGCGAGAAACUCUCAAGUGGUUGGUUGGCAUGGCGAGACGUGUCCGCUUAUCUUGCACCACCCCCUUCAUCUUCAGCUUUGCUACCAUGGGCAGAGGACUGUCAGGAAGCCUUACAGGCUAUACGAGAAGCUGUUGUGCAGCCCAAGUUCUGGCAAAAAUUGACGAAACACUACUCGUCAGAGAAUCAUUCGGAGAUUAUCGUGCAGGAUAACGCCUCCUGUGUUAAGUCCAUCUUCCAACUUCUGGAGGACGAGCCUUUCGAAGCGCUUCGGCCAAGUUUGGAGACCUUGCUGGCCGAUAGUGACAAGAACAAGCAACGAGCAUCCGCCGAGCUGGUGGCGGGCAUCAUCGCUGGCUCGAAGCAUUGGUCGACGGAGAAACAGCUUAAGUUCUGGGAGUGGUUCAAGCCCUACAUCAAUAAGGUCUUCGGUCAUACUUCCAACGAAGUAAUCUCCAUCUGGACUUCAUUCCUUGAGUAUGUCUUCUCGAACAAGGACCCCCGGAGACUGCAGCCGCUUGUCGACUAUCUAGUGGAAGAGUUUACUGCUGUGGACUUCAAUGCGGAGUCGACAUCGGACGUCGUGAAAGUCCUUAGCUUCUUCCGCGCCUUUUACGAGGAGCUCAACUGGAAGUUCGCUGCCUGGUCUGAUGAGACUCUCCGUCGAGUAUGGACCGAAAUUGCCAGCGAACACGACGAUGUUCUCGCGUACAUCAGCGAGAUGUUAGCCUUCUGUGGAAAGAUCAUGCGGCGUCCUAACACGACGGUGCCUACUGUAGAGGCCGUGGUCCUUGAGUCAAGAGUGGCAAACCAAGACGAAGACAUCAUGGCCAUCCGAGGUUUCUAUCACGAAGGCCGCGUCUUGGAACUGGCAAAGAAGUUCAAGGCCUGGCGGGAAGAGCGACUGCCUGGUGUCAGAGCGUUUCAGUCAACGUACGAUCGUGUCGGCGUCCUGGUCUGCAGGUGGCUCUUCCAGACUAUUCAUGACACCAAUGCAGUCUCGACGUUCGACUAUAUUCUUCCGUUGAUGCCGGAGCUGUUCAGAUUUACGGAGCUCAACGACAAUGAUGACUUGGCAAAUCGUGCAAGAGUGUUGCUGAACAGGAUGUGUGGUGUGAUGCCGCCAAGGCCGCUUAUCCACCCAAUUUUGGACGCAAUCUUCAAGGCCAUUCAGACGUCACCUUCAUGGCGGGUCCGACUGAAAAUUCUGCCGCUUGUUCAAGUGUACUACUUCCGCCACGGACCAACCAUCAGCGACAUUAAGGCGGUGGAAAUGAUAGAGGUCAUCUGCAGGUGUCUCGAUGACGAAGUGGUCGAAGUCCGUGAGAUGGCAGCAACCACUCUCACAGGCAUUCUGCGCGUAUCCCCACGCCGGAGUGUCCUCGUUCUCAAAGACCGCUUCGUUCGCCUGUCGAAGAACAGCCACCUGCCCGACCGCAAAUCGCCUGCGUACACUUCCGCCCUCCGUCAGCGGCACGCCGCGAUCUUGGGGAUAUGCGCACUGGUCGAGAGCUAUCCGUAUACGAUCGAGCGCUGGAUGCCUGCGCUCCUCACGAGCGUCCUCGCCGAGCACACGUACGACCCAAUUCCGAUCUCGACAACCGUACGCCGGUGUGCAAGGAACUUCCGCAAGACGCACCAGGACACGUGGCAUGAGGACUCGAAAAAGUUCACGGAAGACCAGCUCGCGGCAUUGUCGACCUUGCUGACCGGGUCCUCUUACUAUGCUUAAUCUCUCCGCAUCUAUACGCGAAUCUACUCGCUAUGUAAUCUCGAGCGUACUCUGCCUUCUUGUAUCCACAUUCCAUAAUAUCGCACUGAAACAUGUAAUCGCUAUCCUCAAUCCAGUCCUGAUUGUUCUCACCGCUCGUAUGCUGUCGAUAUCUAACAAUAGACUGUGCACACCCCAGCAUGUACGUGUCACCUGUGGAGCUCAUGGCCCAGAACGCCGUUCGGGCCGACAGAAAGGCGUUCUAGAGUCUUGUCACAAGUAGUUGAUGAAUAGUGCGGCCGUCAGGUAGCUUUGCAUUGCAAUGGUACCAAAUAAAUGCGAUGGUAUUGCUCGAGAAGCGAACAAUGCAAAUGUGCGUGAAGGUAUGCUAGCAACGUUGGACGGAUAUCACUGUUCCAACAGAGUAUCGAGGCCACAGUGGACGAACUUCAGAUACAGAUCAUCUCACCGGCUGACCCCCGCACCCACGUCUCUUGAAGUCGGGCGGCGAUCUGGCAUAACAACCCCGCAGGAGCCGCCUGUGGCGUGGACGACAACCCCCGCACGUCUCAGCGCAGAGAGCCAGCGACUGGCAGUGAUGUACGUCUGUCCUCUCUUGAGCUUCCUGGCGAGUGCGACGAGGACGGACCGCUGAAGCUUAAAGGACGCAAGACGCCCGGGCUGAGCUCUGGAUCUUCUGGAUCUAUGAUGCCGAGCCCCGUGUUCGUCGUCUCUACGCCAUUGGGCAGACCUUGACGAGCCCCCGCGGAUGGGACCUGGUCGAUUGGACGCGGUGCGCGUUUCGGCUUGGGGCCAGAGCGUACGCGGUUGUUCGACGUUUCUUCCCUACAGGGAAAUCGCGGGAUCAGUCAUGUCCAUGAUACACGUAAGUGACGUAACGGCCAGAUACGCCGCAGUGCAAUAUGAAUGUUCGUCUCCUGACGAACAUUGUUGAGGCUGCACUUGUGUAUGUGCUGCACACCGAGACACCGUUCCUGAAGGGCGGAGGCAAAGGGAAGGCGUAAGAAUAGCAUGCAUACCUGAUUUCCGCGAUCAAGUCAUCAAUUGCGUACCAGGCUAGACCGCUGUAUCCCACAGCACGCCACCAGCCCAUGAGGUCGGUAGGGAGAAUGUAUGCGUGCGCGUGCAGGUGGUCUGUCACGGGGAUCUUGCUAUCACGGAAGGGUGGUGUGAUAAAUCCUAUUCGGAACGAGCUGUCGUCGAGAGUAGUUUGGUGUGACGUGUCGACGGUCAAAGGGCGUGAGGAGACGGGUGUGACAGGUGUAUCAGGCGGAUUCUCAGAGUCUGAGGGAAUUAGCAGUGAAUUCAGUAAUCGACGACUAAGAUCUCGUAUUGUCACGAGUAGAGGGAGGUCGCUGGAAGACUGGAACAUGCA